AUGGCGGAGGAGGGGGCUCCUGAUAAGCCGCCGGAGGCCUCGAUAGACAUUAUGGCAAUUUUUGCACAGCACCAGUUAGAUUAUAAGAAUGCGAUCGAGGAAAGAGAUAUUAUCAAGGCGUUGAAGGUGGCCGAUGAUACACUUGUAACCAGUUUAGGUGAGUAAAAUCAGAGUGCGGUGAGAGAAAACUGAAGAAAUCCGAUUUUUCAGCAGUUCACAAUUAUAGCGCUUUUGAUGGAAUGGCCCGCUCCAUUCAGAUGAGCAUUCGGUUCAUUAUGAAGUACGAAACGCUCAUCUAUCAACACGAGGUGAUUUAUCAAAGUUUUCAAGCCAAAAAAUCCAAAAUUUCAGGCCAGAUUGCUCUCCGACACAACGUUAUUCUACAUCUGCGAAUUCAUCAAGGAAUUCUCGCACUUCCGCGGAUUUCCCCUCACCCGAACGUUCAUAACUCCCCAUCGGAGGCGGCAAUUGGAGAAAACUUUGCGUACGCUCAAAAAUUAUCGAAAAUUAUCUUUAGAAAUGAUCUGACGCUGCAGAAUUGUACUUUGUUGUUUCGUACCAACCACAAAACAGAUUUUUACAAUUUUCCUUUUUUUUCAGAGCCUCCCUUAAAACGUUUAUUUUUCAGACGCGGAGCCGUGUCUGUUCACAAUCCCGUGCCGAGUGAACGAAUGCGAGAGCUACGCGCCGAAUGUGGCCGACGGCUACGUGGAGAUCUUCCGCGACCUAAUCAUGCCGCCCGUAUACGAAAUGAGCGCCUCGCGCCGUCACGUAGUCUUCUGGUGCCACGACGGCCGGUUCUUCGGCCGCGGACUCGUCGAGAACAUGAUGCUCGCGCCGCAAAUCGACGAGUGCUUCUCCGUCCCGCAACAGCUCGAUUUCUAUCCGCUCCGCGACGAGGAGGCGAGUCAAAUUAGCCGACUUUGAGGGCUUUUGGAAGAAAUCAGUGUCGGAAGCUAUUUAGGGCAGGAAUGCAAGCUUUUCAGAUAGUAAAAAUGUCAAGAAUGACUGGAAUCCAAGGACUUUUAGUAGUUCUUCAUUUAUGAAUGGAAUUUACUCGUUUUAAGCGGAAAAUGUGCGCAUUUCCCGAAAAGUGCAAACUUUUAGUGUUUUUGACGGAAAAGUCGAAAUAGCUAAUAUGAUCCCCGAUUUGCAGACGAUAACGGGUUUCCGCGCGUUCGACUUUGGCACGCUCUUCGAGACGGACCUCCGCCAUUACUUCGUGGGCGACUACCGAAGAUCGGUGAAAGUUUUGAAGUUCUACAACAAUCUGGACUUUGAUCCGGUGUGCGGAACGGAGCCGACCAACUUCUGGGUGACGCAGGCCCGCCCAAAACGGUCCAUCAUGGCCCCGCAGGUCGAGGAUCCACGCAGCUUUGUCGUCCUCACGUUCCGAGGAUCGUCCGCUGUGGUGAGAGGUCUUCACAAGUGGAAAUAGAAAAUUGCGAUAUUUUGCUCAGAAAUUCACAUGAAUGUUGCAAUUUUUAGUGUUUCCACAAAUGUAUGCCUAUUUCACGUUUUAGAUCCGCAUCUUCCCGGGUUAUUGGAUAACCGCAACGCCGCCUCUCUCGAAUCAACGUCCGAUUCUGUACCUGUUGGACGGCGUCGAGAAACGAGAUGUUCGCAUCGGAAUAUAUCGAUGUGGUACGCGUUUUUUGCAAUUGUAUUCGUUAUUGGCCGAAGAUACAGCAAAACAGCAGAAAGGCGAUUUUUUCGAUUUUUCCAUUAAUUUCCCGCAUUCAGGACGAGGAAAAACAUGGGCGGUGCACGAUGGAGCCCUGUAUUGCGGAGAAAUGACGUUGCAGAUGAUGGAGGAAAAUGACGGCGACGAACGGAAUCUCGACAAUUACGUUCUUUUCGUCGAUUUGAGGGUACGCAGUCGGAAAUUGAGAAAUGACAGAUUUUUGAAAAUUGACUCGGAAAUCAUUGUUUAAAUCCAUUUUUGCAGGAAUUCCGUACGCCUUCUCCGUUCCAAGUCACCGGACUGGCCUAUUCUCACGACACGAUCUAUGUGAAGGUUUGCACUUUUUCUAGAAUAUUGAUGAUCUGAUAGGGAUCAUAAUUUUGAAAAGUUAUCAAUUUUGGUUUGAGGGACCUAACUCAAAGUUUCAGCUGGAAAAGUUCUUCAAAACCUCCAUUUUUGCAGUGCGGAGACUAUCCGUGCGUGAGUUUCGAUCAUAUGAAGUACUGGGAGGACAACUAUCGCGGAUUCGUGCACAAAUUCAUGUUCGCGGCAGUCGAGGAGUGGAUUCGACGGAAAAAAGAGGACGGAGUCGAGGAUCCGGUCGAAUAUUAUCAGGAGAGCCUGGAAGAUGUGCAAGAACCGCGAACGAUCGAAUACAGGGAGGUUUUCCCGGAUUCCAGUCCAGAAUGCUCCGAUUAUGAAGAUUAUGAAUACGAAGAUGAAGCGGAAGAAGAAGAGGAAGAGAGGCAGCUGUUCAGUGUGCCGCCUCCGCUAAUGGGCCCACUGGAUCCGUACCCUCCGGUUCUUUCACAACUGCUCGGCAAGGCCAAAGCCGUUCGCGAAUGCGGAAUAUCCACGGAACCGUUGAAGUUUGACGGCUACGGAAGUGAGUUUCAGACAUUUUUCAGCGAAAAAUGCGGGAUGCCUAAAAGAUGAUUUGUUUCCAUUUGCCAGGACUGCUGAAAAAGUACCGUUACGCGAACUACCUCAACUUCUUCGCCUACAUCGUCGCACCGCGCCUUCCGUGCAACGCGCCUCGCUUCCUCACCAAUUACAACGACAGUAUCAUCGAGUGGGAGGACGCGGCGACGGUCGCCAAAAAGAGGGUGAAAGCACUGUUCGCAGAGUUCGAACGGAUCAACCAUCCGGGAACGGACCUCUGGAAACCGCAGCGAUUCCUCAAAUUGCACCCGCCGCCCGAGGACGAUACCACCGACUAGUGAGUGCGCAUUCGGAACACGAAUCUGACAGAGUAGUCAGAAUUUGCAGUUUUUAGACGGAGGUCGUUAUUUUUGUAGAAAUGAUUCAAACAAGUGAAGUGACAUGAAAAUGAUUCAUUUUCAGCUUUAUUUGAGUCAAUGAACACGAAAAUUAGCGUUUUUUUUAGAAUGCAGUCGUUUCAGAGUAGUUGUGCACUGGAAAAUGGAAAUGAGAACAAGAGUGACAAUUUUCAAGCCUAAAGCUAACUGAAAUUUAAGACUACCCUUUGUCCGAAUACAAGGACCCCUUCAAGGAAACCGACAAUAUGUGGUAUUUGCAGCGGCGAGUACCGCCUUCUCGUCAUGGUCUGGUCCCUCGUCUCGUUCACCGGACAACUGAAAUUAGCGUGGCACCUACGAAGGAACGUCUGCGGGUUCGACGAUCCCAUCAAUAUCGAAGUGAUGAAAUAGUGAGCCCCGAAAACUCUUUUCAAAUAUCUCAUCCGUUUCAGUCUGACCCAAGUGCUCCAAUUCGUGCGGGAUCACUACGAAUCGGGCCGGGAAUCGGGCCUCCUCGCGGGCUUCGACCGCCCGAUGCUCGAGUUUCUCGACGAGCAGGACCAGCGGGUGCCCGACACUCAGCAGCUGUUCCUCACGAUGAAUCCGUCGGCGAUCCUGGACAUUCGCAUCGGACAGGGCGUGCUCGACGAGAGCUUCCGGGACAAUCUGGACGUCAAAAUGGUGUUCCGACUGCAGCACCGGGACCCGAAAGUGCUCGACUCGCUCUACGAAAUGCGCACCUCGCGGCUGAUCAUCGCGGCCCAGAAUUCGUGUUUUUUGCAAUUCAUCGACGAGAACGGAGUGCUGGAUCUGAACAAGGCGUACCCGGACGAUCCGAUGCUGCACCGGCUCAUCGUGCAAACUCAUUUUGUGGGCCACGGACUCACCGACCUCGAGGGAUGCGAAAGGCACGCGCGCGCCGGCGUUUUCGAUCGAUUGGGGUGGACGCUCGUCAAGGCGCAGAGAUUCAUGUGAGGAACAAAGCCUUUCCAAAGCUGUUUGACCGGCUUACAAUAAUCCGAUCCGAUCAUCGGAGCCAAACUUUGCAGACUUCUUGGGCUUGGGUUAAAGUGUUUUGGGUCGAAGUUUCUUGUUGCCGAAAAGACCCGAUUUUUGCAAAAACUUCGGUCGUUUCAGUCUGAACCCAGUAUAUCUCGGGACAAGAUAAUCCGAUCGGUCUGAAACACGUUCUUAAAAUACUUCAUUUCGACCAAGUCGUCGACGUCAAACUAAAUUUUGCAGAAGACGUUGCGAAGUCCGUUACCGUGGCUACCUGUUCGCGACGGAGAACGGCCUGCGGAACUCUCCGAAUCCGCUGGUCGGCAUCUCGGGCGACUGCGACGACGCGCGCGCCGUUUACUCACUCGACGGGACCGUGCUCUACGUGCAUCGCCUCCUCCGCGCCAUUUACUCGACGAUUCCGGCCGACAACCCGAUGGCGGACGACAAUUUGCCGGCGGAUUGGCUGCUGGCCGCCUGGCGCGGACUCUACGAUCGCAAAAUUCUCGAGAUUCUGUCCGUCGAAGCGGUGAGUCGCUGAUUUUAGGAAAUUCAGACGGUUAUCUAAAUAUUUAUUUUUAAAGUUGAAAACAAUCAGUUUUCAGUUUAUAUUCUCGUUAAACUUCAAGCACAUUUUCAGCGAACUCGAAUCGCUCAUUAUUACUACACGAAUGGGAUGAUCGAAGCGUUUCACGAUCUGCUAAAACAGAUUAUUAUCGAUUGUGAGUUUCAACCGAAACCUGUCGAGCUAUUAUCGAUAUCUAUUUGCAGCCACGUCGAAAGACUUUAUGUCGGUCCGCUUCAUUUUGUACUGUUUUCCGCGUUCGGCGCAACAAAUAGUCGCCGAGCACCGACCCGGAAUCAUCCUCUGGGAGAAACUUCCGCCGGACGUCAAUCAUGUCAAAAUGUAGGGAAUUGGACCCAAACUUUGCAGACUUGUUGGACUUGAAUUCAAGUAAUUUGGGUCCAAGUUUCUGACCGAAUGGAUAAUUUUACUCUGGAGAUAUUAUGCAUUCGCCCGGAGAGAAAUUUUUCACUCCAGCUUGCGGGCUUGAAUAGUUUGUCGCGAAUGCAUAAUAUCUCGAGAGUAAAUAACCCAAUCGGUCUGAGACUUGGGCCCAAAUUACUUUAACCCAAUUCCAAAAAGCCUGCAAAGUUUGAUUCCGAUCGGAAUAUUACAAAAGGUAAUUUCUUGCAGGAUAACGGACAUGUGGCCGAAGAACGAGUUCGAUCGGGCGACGCGAGUGCCCCGCAAGAUGUACGUCGACAAUCGGCGCGUCGAAAAGAGCGUCUUCCACAUGAUCGGACUCAGAAAUCUCAAAAACUACUACACGUCGGUUCAAGAGCGACUAAGUCCCAUGUUCAAACAGUUUUACGCGGUACGCAUUUGGAUUUUUAAAAAUAGUUUCGAAUUAAAACAAUUUUUUAAGCCUCUAUGAUAUUUUUGAUAGAAAUUUACAAAAAAUCCUCAUUUUACCAACCCGUUCGAAUCCCUCAGUGCAUUCAGAAAGACUUCCCCGUGGCGGACCGACCGUACCGCCCGAACACGCCACCGGACUCGAGGUUUGCCGACCAGGAGCUGGAGGCGUCCUCCUCGGCGCCGGGACCGUCGAAUGCCGGUCCCAGACGGGCGGCCUCCGAGGGAAGCGUCGAAAUCCCGGAGAACCCGGAGAACUGGGAGGCCGGAGCGGAAGCGGAAGUGAAAGUGGAAGCAGCGGGAGCGGGAGGAUCCAACGGGUCCACGUGCUCGACGGGCUCAUUCGGACCGACGCAGACGCCACCGGUCGAGCGGAAAUCCUCUUCGGGCACGUCCAUUUCGUCGCGCGCCACCUACGCCACGUCAUCGGACGGAUCGGGACCGUCGGGGGCGGCGCCAGCUGCUCCGACCCAACAGCAGAAGCCGAAGACGAAGCAGUUCCAGAAGAAGCAGAAGAAGCAGAAGAAGGGACGGAAACGCUUUUAA